AUGGACCCGAGAGUGACGCAGAGGCUGCAUCGCAAACACAUGGACCCGAGAGUGAGUCAGAGGCCGCAUCCCAAACACAUGGACCCGAGAGUGACGCAGAGGCUGCAUCGCAAACACAUGGACCCGAGAGUGAGUCAGAGGCCGCAUCCCAAACACAUGGACUCGAGAGUGAGGCAGGGCCCGCAUCCCAAACACAUGGACCUGAGAGUGAAGCAGAGGCCGCAUCCCAAACACAUGGACCCCAGAGUGAGGCAGAGGCCGCAUCCCAAACACAUGGACCUGAGAGUGAGGCAGAGGACGCAUCCCAAACACAUGGACCCCAGAGUGAGGCAGAGGCCGCAUCCCAAACACAUGAACCUGAGACUGAAGCAGAGGCCGCAUCCCAAACAGAUAGACCUGAGAAUGAGGCAGAGAACGCAUCCCAAAAACACAUGGACCUGA